CGGUACCGUGGCGUCGGCUAGCUGCUGCAGCUCGUCUCAUCUCUUCUUCAGCCUUGAGGCAUGGAUCGAGACUCAGAGGUAGUAUCAGCAAUCAAGGUUGAUAUCCUUCUUGUUGUGCUCACCGUUCUUGUGGUGUUACUGUGGUGUCUCAGCUCGCGCCGGAGCCGUAUCAGCCGUCACACGCUCGGCCGCUACUUCCUUGCGGGUGCCUCCGCGGCAUACUUCUCACUUAUUUUGUACCUCGUCUCCUACUUGAUCACCGGCGUAGCAUAUAGAUUGGGCGGCCCAACACUGAUUAGGCUGGUGGUCCUCCUCCAAUUUCUCAAGUCCAACGCUGACAUGGCUGCCCUGGCAGUGGCCGCCAUUGCCUCACCUACGGCCGGUGAUGACAUCGACAGCCAAAAGACCAGGCCAUCCAUGGAGAACCUCAUGUCCUCUCUCUGGGUGGCGGGCCUCGUCGGCUACUACAUACUCCAAGAAAGUAACCACUUCAUAGUACUUCUCCAAAUAUUUCUGACAUGGGCGCUCGGUGUUAGAAUAGUGCUUAGGUUUGUCGCCUUCCAACGCGCAAACCGUUCUUUUGCUGUUGGCCGCAACGCCCGGCUGAUCGAGGGCUACAUGGCGCAGCUCCAAGAACAAGAAGGCCACUUGGUGCCGGUACCCCGCCUCAUACUAACAGGAGAGACAGAACUGGAUGUGGAAGAAAGCCCCCAAGGGUAUCGUGUCAAGGAAGAUGAAUCAAGUAGCCUUGUUACACUGGACAAAGUCUGGUCAUCUCCUCACUUUUCCCCAGAGGUUAAGGACCUCUGCCUCUCAUUCUCUCUUUUCAAGUGCUUGCGCCGGCAAUUCGCCGGCUACCGGUUGGCCGAGGCUGGCUCUAGCUGGGCUUUCCGUUUCGUCUGCGAUGGAUUGCUCGGUCAGGAAGACGAUCACGUGAGGAUGUUCCAGGUGAUCUCCACCGAGCUCUCGUUCGCAAGCGAUUUCUACUACUCCCCACUCCCAGUGGCCUCUUUGGGCGCAUGUUCCGCAGCUUUCCACAUCUUCUUCUCUGCCACAGUUUGUGGCCUUGUAUUCCUCAUGCUUCUGGGGUUUUUAAUCGUCUGCUUCGAAGUGGGUUUUCGGCAUCAGCCCGCAGUGGUGAUUGUCAUGUUUUUUCCUCUCCCUGUUGUUGUCGCCCUGCUAACUUUAUCCAUCGAGAUUGCAGAGAUGGUGACCGGUGUGCGCUCUAACUGGACCAAGAUAAGUAUGGUUGGCCACUACAUCAACCAAUCUUGUUGGCUCAAGAUAAUCUGCCCAUGUUUGCUAAGAUGCAAAUCCCCAGUGUGUUGGAAGGAUGAGAUUGGGCAGAACCUUUUCCUUAAGCCUAACAGUAUUCCCUCGGCUCAUACGUUCAAGCAGAUAUUCUUCCCAAGGAAGAACCAUUACAGGCCUGCUGUGACCAAGCUGUCACCAGAUGUGAAGGGUGCCAUCAUCAGAUCCUUGAAGAAGAGCGGCGGGAAGCUGAGCAAUGGUAUAGCCACUGUACAACGCCGGUUCCCUCACUUCACAUGGGCAUGCUACGACAGAGUCACCACCAGCACGGAUGCUAUCCUUGUAUGGUACAUAGCCACAUUCCUCGUUGAGAUCAAAUGUUCUUCGCCUGCUUCGGCCCCAACCACACACAUGGUCGUCGCCACUAGCUUGUCACGGUACUGUGCAUACUUGGUGGCACACACUCCAGAGUUGCUGCCGGACAGUGCCACCUGGACGAAGCACCGCUACGAGAAGGUGAAGAAAUGUGUUGAAGAAGCAUGCAACUGCAGUGGUGAAGUGUCAUCAAGCCCAGGCUUGUAUUCGCAUCCCAUUGAAUCUUUUGGUGACGACAACUCCAUCCCCGACUCCAACUCCGAUGAGAUGGUGGAAAUAGAAAGAUUGAGAUCGGGAUCGAGGUUUGGGAAUCAGUUAACAGAAGAGGAGGUGGUAAAGAUAGGAUUAAAGCUUGGAAGGCAGCUAGUGGAAGAGGCUAAAAGGCAGAGAUAUCCCCAAGGACAAGGCCAAGAACAAUGUACUGGAGGUGAAGAGACGGUGUGGGAGAUCCUGGCGGAGUACUGGUCAGAGAUGAUACUCUACCUCGCGCCGUCGAAGGAUGUGACGGGCCACAUUGAAGCCUUGCGACGAGGUGGCGAGCUGAUCACCCUCCUAUGGGCGCUGCUACUACACGCCGGCAUCACCUCCAGGCCUGCUCAUGACGUCCCUCGUCCUUGAUGAAUGUGUCCGUCGUCCUCAUCAUCAUCGUUCCACCAUUACCUUCUGUGUGAAAUCUUGCUUCACAUUGUGUACUGGUUUUGCAUCCUGUAAUGUGUGUUUGCAUGUGUGCUGGCAUGACGAGCCAUCAAGAAUGAGUGAGUGUGCAUGUAUUUAUUUCCUACAAACGAUUGAGCAAAUUACUAUGAGCUUAAUCCUUAUUACAUCAAU